UCUUGUCAUGUCUUGUCGUGUUGUGUCCUGUUUUGUUGUGUUUUGUCAUGUUGUGUCCUGUUUUGUCAUGUCUUGUUGUGUUUUGUCAUGUUUUGUUGUGUUGUGUUGGGCUUUGUUUUGUUGUGUUGUGUUUUGUUGUGUCCUGUUUUGUCGUGUAUUGUUGCGUUAUGUUGUGUCAUGUCUUGUGUUUUGUUUUGUUUUGUUUUGUUGUGCUGCAGUUGUGCGACUCUGGAGUACGAUGGAGAAUACGAGGACGUCAUCGUGAACCAGAUGUUAGGGCCUAAAUCACAGGAAAGUGACGCCACAGAGAUUCUUAACAGUCUGCUGAGAGAGUACGAUAAAAAACUGAGACCUGACAUCGGAGUGAAACCAACUGUCAUUGAUGUGGACAUAUUUGUGAACAGCAUUGGACCAGUGUCAUCCAUUAAUAUGGAAUACCAGAUCGACAUUAUCUUUGCGCAGACGUGGACCGACAGCCGCCUCAGAUACAACAGCACCAUGAAGAUACUGACUCUGAACAGCAACAUGGUCGGACUUAUCUGGCUUCCAGACACCAUCUUCAGAAACUCCAAGAACGCAGACUCACACUGGAUCACAGUUCCGAACCAGCUGCUCCGAAUAUGGAAUGACGGGAAAAUACUUUACACCUUAAGACUGACGAUAAACGCAGAAUGCCAGCUGCAGCUGCACAACUUUCCGAUGGACGAGCACUCGUGUCCGCUAGUCUUCUCCAGCUAUGGAUACCCACGAGAUGAGAUGAUUUACAAGUGGAGGAAGAACUCUGUGGAGGCGGCCGACCAAAAGUCGUGGCGUCUCUACCAGUUUGAUUUUAUGGGUCUGAGAAACACGACGGACAUAAUCAAGACGACGUCAGGAGACUACGUGGUGAUGACAGUUUACUUUGACCUGAGCAGGAGAAUGGGUUACUUCACCAUCCAGACUUAUAUCCCCUGCAUCCUCACCGUCGUCCUCUCAUGGGUUUCCUUCUGGAUCAAAAAAGACGCCACACCUGCCAGAACUGCUUUAGGUAUCACCACAGUGUUGACAAUGACGACCCUCAGCACAGUGGCCAGGACAUCGUUACCCAGAGUCUCCUACAUCACUGCCAUGGACCUGUUUGUCACCGUCUGCUUCCUGUUUGUCUUUGCCGCUCUGAUGGAGUACGCUACGUUAAAUUACUACUCAAACAGCACCAAAAGACCUGGCUGCAGGAAACCCAGGAGACCAAACUACUCCGUCCUGGACGCUCGACCUCCGCACACCGUCAUCGCUCUGAACAACUCCAUGUACUGGCAGGAGUUUGAAGACACGCGUGUGUGCGAGUGUCUGGACGGAAAGGACUGUCAGAGCUUCUUCUGCUGCUUCGAGGAGUGUAAAGACGGAGCGUGGAGAAAGGGACGCGUCCACAUAGAUCUACUGGAACUGGACACAUACUCGCGGGUCUUUUUUCCUACGUCCUUCUUGCUCUUCAACGUGGUCUACUGGGUGGGUUAUCUCUACCUUUAGCACCCGUGUGGUUCUGGUUCCAAAGGCAGAACAGCACAAUCUUUCAGGAGAACUUAACGUCGAACAACGAAGGUAACACCAAACAAACUCUGGAUCAGUUACCUGGAGACAAACACACCUGUGCCAUGAUGAACACAAACUUCUCAGACAGGAAACUUAACAACACAGAUUCAAUUUUUCUUGCAGAUUAUUUGUGCAACAGGAAAACGUUUUUUCUUGCACAAAUAAUCAGCAUUCUGCAUAAUGAACAGGGUUUUUCUCCCAGAUUACAUUUGCAGGGCUCACACAUUUUGAAGUCAGUUUAGAGUGAGAUUUCGUGGGGAAAGGCAGGGGUAGGUGAGGGGCUAUGAUUGUGUUGUAGGCGUUGGUGGCAGAUUUUCAGGCCUUCAGGUCAGGGGUGGCUGACAUCUUUGAAACAAUGUAACGAUUAAUGUAUGCAUGGCCAGAAUAUAAAAUCUUAAAAAUGUAAUAUUACAACUAAAAGUAGCCUCCUGACUAAAAUGGACUAUGCAACGAUGAAACUGUAUUUACUGCAAACUGUUAUUUCAAAAAGAAAAGAAACAAAAACAGAUGAUGUGUAGGGUUAAGAAAUGAUAACAGAAUAAGCCACACCCCCGUCCUAUAUAUUUUUCAAGUUAUUUCAUUUCAAAUGUUAGGAGGUUAUAAUGUCCAUUUUUUUAUGUAUUGUAUAUGCAUUGUGUGUAGCAGUGUACAUACAUACAUACUCAUAAAAUAGUAUCUGUACUCCAGUUUCUGUGAUGACGAGUAGCACAUACCAGGAGGUGUGCUUUCUUCUUUUGGCCACAAGGUGGAGUAUCCGCUAAAGUGAGCAAUGCUCAGGAAUAAACAAGGCAAACGUGUAUGAGAGCAGUUUCCUCCCAGUUCCAUAGCGAUAGCAGCGUGCCAGAGAAAUUUAUAAUAUCAUUUUUUUUCAGCCAGGGAAAUACAAUGUGUGACGAGAGUGCGUGACAUGUGACUGUGCGAGACUUGAGAGCCCUGCAUUUGUUUUACCAAUAGUGACGACAUUCACAAGUAUCUGAAGAGAAGUUCUUAACUGGAGUAGUGGAGGAGGAGGAGCUAGUGCAUGUGUAAGAACGUGAGAAGCCUUGUUUAUAAGGAUGUUGACACUCCACGAUCUUUCCGUUGUCGUAACCAGAUGCUCUUUGUGCCUCAAACCUAACCACAGGUCUCUCACUGUGCCUCAACCUAAACUAGACAUGUUCAGAUACCCGUGUCAGAAAUGUCUCCCAUGUUCCCGGAAAUUCCAGAUUCGUAAGUCUGCAACUCUAUGCACUGAUCUGAUACCAUGUCUCUGUAGUGCUUACAUUUUGUCUUUAGGGCAUUUAAGAACUGAUUUAGCUAACAUGCUAACCCAUUCAUCGCUAACCGCUUAUCCGAGCCCAAGACUUCCCUGUCCCUGGCCACAUUGUCCAACUCUGAACGCUGACUGUAAUCCCCAGGCUCUCCCAGGCCAGCGAGGCGAUAUUAUCUCUCCACCCAGUCCUUGGUCUCCCAAAACCACUUCAACUGGCUCCUUUCCACACAAGGAGCAGCAGCUCCACUCUGAGUUCCUUCCAGAUAACUGAGCUUCUGGGGUCUCCCUUAGAGGAAGGGUCAUUCUCUAAAGACCCUUAGAGGAAGGGUCUUUCUCUAAAGGAGAAAGAAAACCCAGUUUGGCCGCUUGUACCCGCGAUCUUGUUCUUCCGGUUGGUCCGGUUCAUGACCAUAGGUGAGGUCGUUCCUACCCAUUCUGACCCUUUUUGUCACAGCAGUGCAGCAGAGCUCAAUACUACUCCCACUGCUAUGAUUCUCUGGCCAAUCUCAUGCUCCAGGAUACUUAAGCUUGGAGUAAAGACUCAUUCCCACCCGGAGCGAUCCAUGGUAAAACUGCCUCAUGUCCCAUACACAAGCCUUCAGUUUUUAGUUUGAUAACAACUAUUCUUUUUCAUUUUUUUUUAUCUGUGGCUGAACUUUGAACCGUUUGUUAUUUAUUCACACUUUACUAAAAUUGACGACGUUUUAAAGUUGUUGUUUCUUGUAGACAGUUCUGUUUAAAACUGUCAUUUUUAUCAACUGUGUUUGUGCUUUAAUGGCUAUUUAAAGGAAAGUGAUUAUAGUUUAUGACGUCAAACUUGAUUAUAACAAACCUUUUUAUUCUUAUUAUUUUUAUUUUAAAUGAGACCAAUCAUCUCUUCAGACGAGGCAAGGUUAGCAUCACACACAGAUGUUAGAAUAUGUCAUUAAAUGCACUGGUAUCAGUUCAGUACAUGAUGAUAUUGACGAUACGUGACGUUCUGAUAUCAGAAUGAGGAAAAACAUUUCAAACGUAAACUUCCUCGCACAAUAAUUCCAGCCCUGGUUUCUACGAUAGUCUCUGAAACUUGUUUGCAUGCUACAGCUAACUUUCAUCAUGAAAAAGUAUAGUUUUAAAAUGUACCAAUGUACCACGAAUCAUCAUUUCCCAGAGUUUAGCCUUUAGCUUUAGCAGCCGUUGAACUGCCUUAGUGUAGCCCGUCCAAAGUUAAGCUGUUGUUGUACAUAUUUACCUCCAAUAAUGAUAAUAAUAAUAACAAUAAAAAUUACAAUAACCUCAGCCCGGUGAUGACCUCGCUACAAUGAAGACUACGUCGUAGUUUUAUAUAAUUAUGUUUUGCUGAAAUGAACUUAAAGCUGGGGUAGGCUACAUACAGUAUAUUUGUGGAUAUUGAUCAAUAAUUCCAUAAUAAUAAUAAUUCAUAAUUUAUAUAUAGUGAUCUGAGAGACAACUAGACUUUGAUUAUGAUUUUAUCAAACACAAAAUCCCAAGAUUUCUAUCAUUGGGAUAAUAGUGAAUAGUAAUUGUUAAUAUUUCACAAGUGAGACCAUCACACAGCCCUAGUGAUUUAUUUUACAGUGCCUCUCCAAUCAUUAUCAUUGAUGACCCUACUGUAAGAUAAAGUGAUUUCAGUGUGUUUUACAGACAUUGAAAGGGUUUAAAACAUAAUUAUUGCAAUAAAAUCAUAAAUCACAAUUUGUAGUUCAAUUGUGACAUGACAUGUUCAUCAUAUCUUCUCAUCUAUUAGCAAGAGCAGCUGCUUGUAGAGUCCAGAUGUUGUGACACGAUGCAAUAAUAUGUCCUGAGUGGUGCUACACGUCAUUAAUGCAGUCACUAUCCACGAGACACGUUGGGAUGAUUCAUUUAUAACUUCCUGCUUUUGGGCCGUGACUGUUACGACCACUGUUCAUAUCUCAGUAUCAUCAGGCAAUAGUGCUGAAAACAAUACACAACGUUAUUUUUAACUCAGUAACAUCAAGAAGUCAAAGGUCAAGAGUCGUUGCGAUCAUGGUGUGAAAAUAAAAUAUAAAAGUUUUUUUUUAUUGCAAUUGGAACAGCAGCUACUUCCUUGUUCUAUUGUUUGAGUGGCGGAUGGAGCCAAGUGCUUAAGCCUCAUUACCACCACCUACAGAGUUGAUAAAUGAACAUAUAAAAUACUUUUAAUAAAUGCAUAUAUAGUUAUUAUUUUCACAUUUUAAAUGUGCACUUACUUUACUUUAUUAAUUUAUUUUUAAUAAAACAUACAGUUCCAAGUGGAAAAUCGAUAUAUUACAGCAGCGUAGAGUAGUGUAUAUAUAUAUAUACACACACACAAUGUAACAACAGAGCAACUUCAAUAUAAAUCUAAAAUUCAAAGUUAAAAUAAAUUAAACAUUAAUAUUGUACAAACUUUCAAACUGUCAGGUCAAAACAUUUACAUUCAAAACAAAAUAACGUGUCAACAACAAAUCUAUGGAUCACACCAAACAUCUAAUGUGUCGCUGCCAAACUAUAAAUAUAUAAUACUUUCCGAGACAAGUAUGGAUAUUGAGAAAUGGCCGUCUGUAUGACGUGUGGUUGUAUGAGCUACUGACGCAUUUUCAGCUCACUACAAGCUGCUCACUCUCCCACACCAAAGUCCAUAGAGAAAAUCAGUGAUUUUAGCUCACGGGGACACAGGAGCUGAUGGUCCUCUGCUGCCUCGUGUGGUCACUUUGUGUCACUGAGGUCAAUCUGAACAGAGGAUUUUAAACCCCAAAUUUACAAAAUAAGACAUUUGAACUGUGAUGAGUGACGGAGGCAGCAGUGGAUCAACAACUCCUGAGGUUCUCUAUGGACUUUGGUGUGGGAGAGUGAGUGGUUUACAAACUUCAUUUUCCACAAGGAAAAGUCUGUCUAACAGUGAGAUAAAGACGUGAACAUGUGACUUUUAUUAGCUGUUAAGUGGCUGAACGUGUGUUUGUGUGACGGCCAUGUUUUUCACUCAGAGUGAGUCUCUGUGUCUCACAGUGGAGUCGGUGACUCGUACAAAAUCCACUUUUCAAAUGAAUUUGUGUAUAUUUUGGUAAAAAAGUGAUUCUGAGCCACAUUCAUUAACGAUCGUUGUCAUGAAAAAGCCAAAGAUUCUCUGAAAGUUAUAUCGUGUAUAUAAAGUUUCACAGCAGAGUUACAGGAAUAAUAAAUGUACCAGUUGUUGAAGAAAUUGUUUUAUGAUGUUAGAAACAGAUCAGGAUGUGGUGGUGAAUGAUUCUGAAGCUACAAAAGCUGUUUUCCCUCAGUGUCCCUUCUGGGCUUCCGUACUCCUGGUUUCUGACUGUGGUGUUCCCACCGAGAGGAACAGUUCGGUACGGUACGUGUAUAAUUUUGUGUUUCCAUUAGGAAUAUUAACAAAAAGUAUCUGGACCCUUCCCUUUUAGUAAUGGUACGGUCCGGUACAGGUGGAGAUAGACCCACAACAGUCAGCUGAUUGGGCGACAGAAAAGCGUCACUCCUUUGCGACUGAUGUUUCUUUAACGUAUCUCGCAGCCAUUGGGCACCGCCCACACCCCUCCCACCAAGUACAGGUACCAUUCUCAGUUAAAAAAUGAUCCGGACCCAGAACUUUACCAAACUGUACUGAGCUGUACCAUGAUGGAAACACGGCGCUGGGACUGCAGCUCCAGUUUAGCUGAACUUUGAUGUUGUUUGAUGAUCAUGUUUUCUUACGUCGAGUUUCAGUGUGACCAACAUUACAAACAUAUAUCAUGACUCGGUGGUUCAGUCACGUGCAGGUGUUGAGUUUGUUGUGUUCUAUAAGUGCAGUUAUUUUGAUAAAGUUGCUCCAGUAUCAACAGUUAAGGUGUUUGUUUUUGUAUCUGAAAUGUCUAAAGACCAGAAAAUAUGAAAUAAAG